UAGAUAAGCGUUGGUCAUGUCUGCUACCAUUCCGAAUAUAAAAUUAGAAGCUCAGGAGUAUCAGACAGGCUCUCAGCCGAAUGCAUCCCACAAUGUAUAUAUAGAAGACGGACACAUGUACAGUGACACAGACGAGAACAUUCUAGAAGAAGAGGUUGCCGAAGAUUCUGAUGGUGAGGAAGAGGAGGAGGAAUACUAUGUAGAACAGCUGCCAGAAACAAUUGCAGAAAGUGUUGUUGAGAACGGAAUCCGACUUGUUCAGAUGCAAUCGGCCGCCGAGUCUUCUCGAAUGGCGGGUUCGGCUAGCACUGACGAGCCCCCGAAGAAGCGUCGUCGCCGAAGAACUGUUCCUCCCGAGGUGAAAAAAGACAAUCACAAGGAGCGCGAGCGGGCAAGACGGAAUCUGAUCAAAGACAGGUUUGCUUAUUUGCGGGCAACGAUUCCAACGUUAGGAGAUAAUGCGCAUAAAAUGGCGAGAACCGAAGUGCUGGAACACGUGAUCGAAUAUAUUCAAUUCAUGCGAAAUAGAAAUCAGAAUCACAUGAUCGAUAUAGAGAAUCUGCGUGUGAACAAUGUGAAUAUGGAGGAACAAACGAAGGGUCUGCAUAUGGCAUUGCGUUAUGGUUAUAAGCUAGGAGGCUACACUGAACCUAACACAGGGGAGGUUAUUAUCGACGGAGUGCUACCGGGAUGUAGUGUUGUCGAGACGAUGCCUGGCAACGCUUUUAACGUAGAAAGUACUCAAAGUCUUCUCGAAAACGGUCCGAUGUCAGUGGGAGUGACAGAAACAGGUGCGGAAUAUUACCACCAUCAUCAGACUUAUGGGACAAACCCACACUCAGUUGCAAUAACUCAGCAAUACGAAUCUUACGCCACACCUCAGUAUGGCGAACCAUCUGUGAUUAUGUCAGGAACAAUACCGGCAUCGGAAGCGCACUUGGUUGCGCAAUCGCCUGUUAUGACAAAUAUGUUGACCGAAACGCGAGCUCCGAACCCAAAAACUUCCAAGAAUUUUAGCAGCUCAAGUCAGAAGAUUGUCAUUCCGACAACUGCUCCAAAUAAUAACGACGGUAUGCAGAUAGCGGCCGGACCUAUGAGUCACUGCAAUGGUUCUCAGGAUGCUGGGUUUGGAUAUGAAUCACCAGAGGAGGAGUUUAUAAUGCUGUCAGAAUUGAAAGCUGACGAGCAGCCGGAAUCGAAAAAUGGAAAGCGGAAAGAGCGCGCGAAGAUUUCGAGAAAGAAGAGUUCGGUCAUUAAGAGCUCAAUCGAGGCGGUCGUCAGAAGUGUUUCGGGUGACGCUAGCGGCAGUUCUGUUUAUAACGGAGUUUCUUCCAAUGACGAAGGCGAAUAUCAAAAACCGCGUGGUCGUGGUCGACCCAGAAAACUGAAGGGCGAACAGUCGAGCUUAAGUCUAGCAUCAGUAGCAGCAAUCGAGAAAAUAAUCGACUCUGUAGUGUCUAUUGAAAGUGGUCUGCCUCCCAAAAAGAAGACAGUAAACCGUGUUCAACCUGAGCAGAAUUGAAGAUCUGACUUGACCAAUGACGAUAUGAUACUAGCCAAUAAACUGAGCUCACCGUUAUCUUGUAUGUACCAAGAUUUCUCUGAAUUUUAAGUCGUCCUACUUAUUUUUGGCCCUAAAUUAAUUUCCUCUAAUGCAUUAUCUAAUUAAUUACUUCAGUUGUUUGUUUUUCUUAUUUUUUGAACUGAUAUUCUUAGUUUCCAUUUUGUGGUAAACUUUUGCGUUUGUUUCUCAGUAUCUUAUUUGUCCCUAGUUCUAGUUUGUCUUAACAUAUGUAAAUUUUAUGAAAAAAAUUUAGACUUGAAAUUGUACCUAUAUAUUGUAAUAUAAAAUUUGUAAAAGCUAAAAAUACCAAAAGUUGUACAUAAAUCGGAUGCUACCAGGAUAAUGAUCGAAAGUCUUUAGGAGUUGGCCUGAAGAUAAUGUUAAUAUUGUCUCCGCCUUUUAAAUUUCUAGCAAAUGUAAAUAUUGUUUGAUUGUCCACUUUUGAUAAUUGAUAAUUAAUUUUUUUCUUGAAA